AGUCUGUGCCUUUGAAAUGUGAUCUUGCUCCAUUUCCAUUCAGGGUCUGGUGAAUCGAUCAGACGCGAGGAGCUAGCUCUUUCAGGGCAGAAGUUCCAGUCAGACACGUACAAGAGAGACAGAGAGAAAAAAAGUAGAAAGAACUUUCAUCCAGCUCCUGUGAGCCAAAGUGGACCUUUGUUUUUAAGAUUCCUGGUCGGAACUCGCGGGUCACUUUCACUCCGAAACUUUCCCCAACUCGAUUGGAAAUGGUGGGAAUUUCUGGCUCCUAUCAGGUACGUUGCUGUAGUACAAUGGCUGUGCUACUCUGCUAGCAACCCAAGGCCCUGGACUAUUGAUGUCGAGUAUUCAACGGCGAGAAGGCCCGUUCCGCGAUGCCUGGGUCACCAGUGGACGUGAAGGUUCAGUCCCGAGCCACCCCACCGACCAUGCCACCACCGCCUCCGUCUGGGAACCAAGGGGGCACUCGGCCGACCUCCUUCACCCCGACAUCACUGCCGAAUGGUGUUGACCACUCCCCGCCUGCCCUCAAUGGUGUGCCAUCGCCACCUCAACGGUUCAACAAUGGUCCAUCGUCCUCCCUUUCCAGCCAGCAGCUCCCUGCCACCUGUGGUGCACGACAGCUUAGUAAGCUGAAACGCUUCCUGACCACCCUGCAGCAAUUUGGCAACGACAUCUCGCCGGAGAUCGGGGAACGCGUCCGCAGCCUUGUCCUGGCGCUGGUGAACUCAACCGUGACCAUUGAAGAGUUUCAUUCCAAGCUGCAAGAAGCAACAAACUUCCCAUUGCGCCCCUUUGUAAUUCCAUUCUUAAAGGCCAAUCUGCCACUGCUGCAGCGAGAACUACUGCACUGUGCUCGUUCCGCCAAACAAACGCCAGCUCAGUACCUGGCUCAACAUGAGCACCUGCUGCUGAAUGCCAAUGCCACAUCCCCUGUCAACUCAACGGACCUGCUGGAGGUCAACGAGAACGGCAAGAGGAGCAGCCCAGAAAGGAAUAAAGAGAAUGGCUUUGACCGAGACCCUCCAGCAAAGCGGGUGUGCACAAUCAGCCCUGCCCAGCGGCACAGCCCAAACAUUGGCAUACCUCACCCUCCCAAUGGGCAACUGCACCCAACCCCUCCCCCACUCCAGCACUACAGCCUGGACGAUGUGGCCAUUAACCACCUGUACAGAGACCCACAGAGACUUCCGGAAUACAGAGAGCGACAUAGGCAUCACGGAGGAUCCCGUGCAGUGUAUCAGGAAGAGAUGAUUGAUCACCGACUGACUGACCGUGAGUGGGCUGAGGAAUGGAAACAUUUGGAUCAUCUCCUGAACUGCAUCAUGGACAUGGUGGAGAAGACUCGCCGCUCACUGGCUGUUCUCUGCCGUUGCCAAGAAGCUGACCGUGAGGAGCUGAACUACUGGAUGAGGCGCUACAAUGACACGGAGGAAGUGCGAAAGGGCAGCAGCACUCACCUCCGACAGCUCAGCCCUGGGAACACGGACCCCAUUCAAACUGAGCUUCACCGGGAGAUCAGUCACAGACCGUCAGCGGGUUACGUGCCAGAUGAGAUCUGGAAAAAGGCGGAGGAGGCAGUGAACGAGGUCAAACGCCAGGCUGUGUCGCAGUUGCAGAAGGCGGUAACCGAGGCUGAGCAGAAAGCGUACGAGAUGAUAACAGCAGAGAGGGCCAAGAUGGAGCAGAAGAUAGCAGAUGCCAAGAGGCAAGCGGCUGAAGAUGCAUUCACCGUCAUCAAUGAGCAGGAAGACACCAGCGAGAGUUGCUGGAACUGCGGGCGCAAGGCCAGCGAGACCUGCAGCGGCUGCAACGCAGCCCGUUACUGUGGCUCCUUCUGCCAGCACAAAGAUUGGGAAAAGCACCACCGCAUCUGCGGCCAGAACCUGCACGCUCAGGCCAAGGUGAUACCUGCAGGAGGCUCGGGCCCGAAGGCCACCAAAGGCGAGAAGAGCCCAGCUCUGGAGAAAGCUCCCCCGUCCACCGUGACUUCCAGAUCGGCCACGCCGGCUGCUCCAGAUGCCAGUGUGCAGUAACGUGACCUCCCACCCCGCCAUCAACGGAGAAAUGGGAAUCGCAACUCCCACCUGGGGCCGUGGUUUGAUAUCGGUGUGGGCCUCAGCUUUUAAUGUUACCUUUUCCCUUUAACAUACAAAACAGAAAAUCCAUAAUUGAGGGGGAGACGUAUCAAGUUUAAGACUCCUAGAGGGUUGUGACUGAAAUGUAGGCCAGAAGCAAAAUCUACAGCCGGACUCCUGGUGACAUAGGAAGCAGGUUGCUGUAUCCAUGUGCCAGAAACACUGCCAUUUACCUGCUGACUGCAGAAAAGUUUUGGCCUGGGAUGCUAAAGGCCUCCUGCCCAUGUCUCCCCACUCAUCGCUGACUCCAUGAGAAUCCUGAAUCUCGCUCUGCAGUCCGAAAAGACAACAUAAACGUUUGCCUGUGCAAUCAAAGUGGACAAAGAGUAACCGUUCAGAUCCUCCAUACUCGAAACACUCUUUACCUCUUGAAUUUAAAAAAGACGGAACUCUUUUCCAAGAGAUUAGAACUUAUCCUUUCAAAGAGAAAUGUCAAAGGAAUGUCUUUUGUUGCUGGUUUUCGAAGGGUGAUGAAGGAACUUUUCUUUUGACUUGUAUAUCCCUGCUCAGCUUGGCACGAACUAUGUAAAAGGAAAUCUCCCGUCUUCCUCUCCCCACGAACGAUACGUAUACUGACUCAAUGUUCCCUCUGUCAUUCCAUUCCUACCCCUAGGGAACUCCACAAAGUGUUGACUGCGGCCAGUGACUGCUCUGGCAGUGUACUUGAGGGGGAAGGAAGUGGUUGGCCUGGGUCGGUCCCGGAGCAUGUAAAACUACACUUAGUACGACUUUUUGUCACGACUGACCUCUCGAGACGUCACUCCUCACCUCCUCUGUGACCUCCGAACGCAAGUGAACAGUUUGUGUCACACACUAACAGUGGCCAGCUCCAAACAUACUCAGACGCAAGCUCGCGGCUGUUCGUCGAAAUCCAAUUUUACAAAAAAAGUAGAAUUGAUGUGAGAGAGUGUGUGUUUAGAUGCUUCGCUGUCAGGGGUUUAGAUAUCUGGAAGUCCACCUUUGUAUCUAGUUUUCCCUCCUAUCAGGUUGUAGGCGGAGCUAGACAUAUACCUGACAAAAUUAAUGUUUUGCGCCAAAGAACGAUUCCCUUGGCAGGCGUUUCUGAAUUAACAAUGAUAUCUACCUUUUGGUACAUGUUUAGUGACUAGCCAUUGGUGGAGGGGUUGCUGCUAAUCCCAAAAGGCCAGAAGGAAACACAAGACAAGGGAUUCACUGCAGCUUUUGCUUGGAAAUUGGUGGCCCCUCGAUUAUUCAAGCUUGCCAAAGGAUCUGUCCACUCCUCGGUCGCCCAGUCGCCCCGAGUAACACCGACUCACCUACCCCCUUACCCUGCCCAACAAAUAACCACACUGAUUGAUGCUGAACAUUCUGGCAGCAAAAGGAAAACACAUGUAAGUCGAGGCUUUCCAAAUGCUUUGGAGUUUGGAGCGUGGCUUAAACGACUCAGCCUCAGGUUGGGCUCCCGCAGCAGUAAUAAAAAAAAAAUGGCCUUUCGACACUUUUUCAGCAAAUCCGUGCAAUCUCCCCAACCCUGCCUCUUCGUGCCACACACUCCCCACCUGCCCCAUGCUGUACUCUUCCCAGCCACCUGUUGCAGGUCAUUCCCCAAUCCUCUCUUAUAAGUUGGCCACCAUCUCAGGUCCUGUUCUUACAGGUCUGCCGACCCUCCCCCCCCACCCCCAGCUUGCGCUCUUUCAGUUUUCACUGAGUAGUUUCGAGGCCUAGAAGUGGGGUCCCUGUGAGAAAGGGUAUGGCGACCCCCUCCAUUAAGCAGGAUUAAACACACACCACUUUAAAUAUUAACCCCCAUGCCUUGCAAUAGUGGGGCAGAGAUGAAGAGAGGUGGCCAUCGACCAGCUUUGGUGAUGCUAACCCUCAGACCUUGAAUAGCUUGAAAAGUAAAGGAUCUGGUCCACGCUUGGUAAACCCCUUCACAAGGGAUAUUCUGCAUUGUGCUCGGGCAGCCCACGGUCGCUGAGGGUCAUUCAUCAGUCAAAAUUGAGGUGUUCGGAGGAGCACCGUCCGAGUUCUGUGGUUUCCACGCAGGAGUCCCACUGUAUAAGGUCACACUGUGGUUCUUAUUCCAAUGUAUAAUUUAUUUAAUACUGUCCAAUAAUAGAACCCUUUUUACCACAAACCAGGAUUUGUGUCACCACAACAUGCUCAGCUCCUACUCACUUUCUGGCUGCUGGUCUGGUACUGUCAGCCAGUUUGCACACCUCAAAAGGCUGAUCGCACCGAGACAGUUUCUGCUUCACUUACCCUCCCUCACUGCCUAUGAUGCUGAUGAUGUCCAGACUGAUAAUCAGACCGCUGUUUCAGCAUUGAGCCCAUGAUCUCCCAGAAGAACCAUGUCAACCUGCUCAGAGAAACUUUUCCCCUUCUUUUUCUGCACUUCCCAGUUACUGACAUCGUUCCUGUCAGCCACACCCCACAGCCUGUGGCACACGAGCAGCUCUAAGGGGGCUCAGUUAGUGGCUUAAUGCAGCUGAACAUGAUGAUUGUCUUCCUUUUGUUUUUAAUCUUUGCAGAUAGAUCUCCCACUUUGCCGGUGGUUGAACGUGGGUGAAAUUUACAGCUUGGAGCAUGUAGGCUUAGAAAGGUACAGGGAAAACGACCAUAUUUGACUCAAGGGAGUGAGGAGUCAACUUGCUGAUGGCUCAGACUGCAGUACCCCCCUUAAAAAAUUAGACAACUGGGAAUGAUUUAGACGCAUUAUCGAGGGUUUAGAUGACAACAUCUGAGUGUUGUUAUUAAUAAGAAAUUCUCCAUUUAAUCACUGCCUAUCUAAUUGCAAAGUGAUUUGAAAGGUGCGGUAUCUGUGGACAUGUUAGUGUAUUGAGGAUUAUGAGCUGCUGGAUUCUGUAGCCUUUAGCACUGCUCUGUGUUUUACAAAGCGACAAUCCUUUGAAGGGCUCAAGCAGCACCUAGAGCAGCAGGGAUGAGGCUGUGGAACUCUUCCAAUGCUAUUUCAAGCAGAGGUGUGACUCCCUUAGUCCUAAGUGUGUGUUCCUUAAAUAAAUAAUGCUGCAUUUCUGAGAUAGCACAAGGCAGCAGAACUGAAAGGUCAAAUUUCCGGGUUUGUGUUGAGGUAGAAUUUGCCUGCAAUGAACCAAGAUUCGCCCUGUGAUUUAUCCCCAUAAGAUUGUGGGGUAUUGGACUAUAGUUGGGCUUGAGGAUCCCCAGCUUGUCAGCAAUAAUGUUGCAUUUCGUAAUAAAACAUAAUCUUGAUGCAUCGGGGUGGGGCUCAAUGUGCAAGUUUAAGAUUGCCCACAUGGGUUAUGUACAUUCCUGGAAGUUUCAAAUUCUGCCCUUUGACUUCCCCAGAUUUCCUAGCCACACCCCCCCUGCGCAAUUUAAAAAAAGCACUCCAGAAAAUUGAGGAGGGUAAACUGCUUCAGUCAUGCCCCUGUGAUUUUUCUCCCAGGCAUACACCCGAAACUUAUUCUCCGUUCCUGGAAGUUUCAGAGCGUUUGGGAGCGUCGGCAACACUGUGCUGUGGGCUUGUGUAAAACCAGACCGGGAUUGCCCUGCUGAUGUCUGUGUCAUAUAGUGCCGAGUGAGAUUAUCUACAGAUUUACAAUUGAUUAGUAAACUGGUUUUCCUCAUGAGUGUGUUAGAAAUGUUGUCCUUUAGUCCUCUGCAUGAUCUAACCCUCUUAAGUACAACAAGGUCAGAGGUUAGCCUGGCCUUUCUUUGAAGGCCUACCCCCCAGGUCUGCUAUGCCCAUGAGCUGACUGGACAGAAAAGUGUAACAGAAGCCCAGGGACAACUAUUAAUAUAUAUCUCUCAACCAUAAGAUGGUAAGUAGGCCAUUCAGCCCAUCAAGUCUGCACCACCAUUCAGUAACAUCAUGUCUGAUUUCAUAACCAUUAACUCCACUUUCCUGACUUUUCCCAAUAACCUUUUGAUUCCCUUCCUGAGGAACAAUCUGUCAAUCUCACCCUUGAAUGUAUUCAAUGACCCAGCUUUACCAGCCCUGUGUGGUGAAGAACUCCACAGAUUCACAACCUGCUGACGGAAGAAAUUCCUCCUUUCUUCUGUCUUAAAACAUGCAAGCCUUUACUUUGAGAUUAUGCCUUCUGGUCUGAACCACCCCCACAAAGGGCUUCCAAACAUUUACACUCACCCUUGACAACUGUGCUUUAGCGUUCCCUGGAGAUUUCAUCACAUGACCUCCUGGUGCCCACUACCCUUCCUCCAUGUCGAUCCCAUUGACCAUCCAAUGAGUCCAUUCCUAUAGCACAUUGCCUCCCCACACCAAGUGGAAAGCACCGAAGAGCCUCCAUUAGCCAAUUUGAAUCAAACUUUCAAAUCCAUUUGUCCCAUCUUUAAUUCUUUUGACGUAACUUAAAAGAGUCAGUAGUGCUUACAGAAAUGGAGAAAAGCACACCAAAGUUUUUAAUGACUAUGAUGCGUCUCCUUCCAUUACUCAAAGCAGCAUCAUGGUGAAUAAUCUUCAUUUCCUGAUGCAUUGGUAACCACACUCAACUCAUGAAGCAAGCGCUAUUUGCUUCUUCCAUAUAACGACUGGCAAGCGAGCAGUGUACGGACUGAAAUGCACAAUGUCAUCACCUUACAGUGCCAGAUAUCGCUGUGCACUGUGACAUAGCUUUAACUUACAAUCAAAUUUACCAUCAGCUGCAUUGAGAGCAAUCACUGCCUGAAGACUUUAAUCAAUGUCUAAGUUUGAUGGCUGAAAGUACAUUGACCCACCGUUGCAUGUGAUGUCCCUGCACCCCACUUUUGAUAGUCAACGACAUCUGCUACCCGCCCUAUCCUGCCCUUUAACUCCCAGUUUCUAUUCUGCCAAGCACAAUUCAUCCCCUUUCCCUUUAGGAUUGAGAUUAAAUCCUGUUCACAAGAAAUGGAGAGUCUGAAACCAGCCAUUUUUUUUUCCCCUUAGCACUGUUUCUUUUCAGGACUUGGGAGCUAUCGCUUUCCCCUUUUCAAUUCCCCUGUUUUCUAAAAGCAAAGUGAUGUUUUCCCACCUUGGGCAGAGAUUCCGCUGAAACCAAGCACAAAUGGGUAUCCUAAACUUUGAUUUGGAUUGGAGAAAAGCGAAUGGUUAGAGAGCUGCACAACUCUUGUGUAUCCACCAAAUUGAGAACUGAACCAAAUUAUCAUCCUCUACAACCAAACUGUCCAAGCCAAACUCCCUCUCUUCGACUUACAGAAGUCAAGGGGAUGGUGCCUAACUUGCUAGGCCAACAACCAAAACCUCAUAGUUCAGGAUUCAUUACAAAAACAAAACAAAACUGAUUGAUUGAUCUAAUCCCUCUGUUCAGCUGUGUGUCUCUGUAAGUAAAUGAGAAGUACGGUGUAUUUGAUUCAUUCGUGAACAGUUAAUGUGAAGGAUUGUAGUAUCGCUGUCAGUGUGAGCAGCCCUUAUGGGCCUGCCCUUUCUUUUUGUUCUGUGAAGCUGUCGUGUCGUGAUUACUGAAUUUUUUUUGGGAUUCUUUUAAAAUAGUUUUUUUUAAUUUAAGAAGGAUUUGUGUAUGCAACUGAUAAAUGGCAACUUAGCCUGCCAGUUCUUUUUUUAAAAAAAUGUUCUGUGUCAUUGGCUUGUGCUACGGUCGAUUUAAUUGCCUAUUUUCUCAUUGUAAUCAGGUUGAACUAACUCCUGUCUUCCUGUGCACUCAGGGCCUGUAGGGUGGGCUCGUCAUGAAAAUGUUGGCAUUGAUUCUUGCAACAGUUUCUCUCCCUUUCACAAAAAAUACUCUUUGUGUCAUUGUCUGUUUUAAACUUAACAUCGUACACAUCAGCUUACUGACUCGUGCAAGAUGUAAUCCAUCUUCCCUCAAAAUUUCAUUAAUUCCUCUUUGUUUUGGCCCCCAAAGGAAGGAACAAAGGUAACAGGUAGCUAUUUAUUCCAGAACCUUCUGAGAUACAAACUGCUGAGGUGGGGCCAGGAGAGGAGGAGUGAAAUUCCAUUAUUUUAAUCACUUAAGGCCAUUUAGGAAUAGAUGUGUUGAAUUAUCUUGGGGUCUCUUCUAGUCACUUUUUUGAUUCUGACAAUGAUGCUCCUAUCCAUUGUAAACAGGUAAAGGGCCUGUCUCAUUGAGGGUACUCACAGCAGACUGCAGAAUGCCAGGGGCAUGCAUUUUUAUUUUCAUACAUUUGUGCAACAUGAGCUUUGCCUAUCAAGCCAUCUUUCAUCUUUAAUGCCCAUCCCUAAUUGCCAUCGACAGACCAUCAUUUCAAAUACAACUGACUGGCUCACUUGGUCAUUUCAGAGUUGACAUCAUUAUGUGGAUCUGGAGUGACAUGUAGGUAAUGAUGGCAUCUUUUUUCCUCUAAAGUGGAUUAGUGAACCAGAUGGGUUUUUUUGACAGCAAUCUGUUAGUUUUAUGACCACCCAGGACCAUAGUUACUAGCUAUUUUUAAUUCCAGAUUUUUAUUUGUGGGUUGAAUUUAAUUUGCAUAGCUGCCAUAGUGGGACUUGAACGCGUUAGUCAUCUGAUGUUAGUGGAUGGUAGUCUACGCUACACUACCACACGGUAUUUCUCAAACAGAUUGCUGUAAAUUCUGUGAAAAGUCCUCAGGAGAGGAGAGAAAAGUAGCUGGGAUCAUGGGAACUGCUUGAUAUUUGAAAAACGUGUCUCCCACUUUAAUUUUUUCCCCGUCGACACUGCUCCCCUUUAGCUGAUGUGUGAACCAGACAGGUCAAGGUAUGGAACCCGGAGGUACUGUCUUACCAUCAAGGAAGGGAAUUGUUUUCAAUGGAAUUUGAUAAAGUAUAAUGAGGAAGAGAGAACCGAGAGCCUAGAGGUCUCCCUACAUCCAGUAACACAAGAGGAACACAAAGUUGUGUGCCCGUGGAUGUUUCCAUGGUGAGUUAUUCCUCAAACGGCCAUCAGACUGUCACGAGGGGUUAUAGCUUGAGCGGUGCUUCUCUGCAUCAAUUGCUCCAUGCCCUUCAUGCCUGCCAUAAGAUUAUUGGAAGGAGACUCUGGGCAAUAGUGUAAAACAUGCAAUGCUGGGACAGUCUUGACUCUACACCUCACCUGACUCGUCUCUGCCAACUGGAUGGGCAGCAAUAUGGUUGAUUCAAUGCUUCCUCUUUGCCUGUAGUGUUCAGGGGUGUGUAGAUUAGUUGGGUUAUAGGGGGAUGGGCCUGAGUGAGAUGCUCUGAGGGUCAGUGUGAGCUUGUUGGUCUGAAGGGCCCAAUUCCACACUGUUGGGAUUCUAUUAAAUCCAACAGAGAAACAAGGAGACAUUUCCAGGAAGGGCUCGGGGCAAAAGGAUUUGAUGCUUUCAACAGGAAACUAGAUGAGAACUUGAAAGGAAAAGGGACAGAAAGUGAGGCUGAGAUACUGUGAUAGGGUGGAUGUUAAUGGAAAUGCACCACAGUGAGGGUAAACACCAGUAUGGUGCAGUUAGAAUGAAUGUCCUGUUCCUGCGCUGUAUUUACUAUUGCCCAAUAUUAUACUCAUCGCUUCCGUUCCCACCUGCCCCUCUUUUUUCCAAAUGUUGAUCUCAUAGCCUUCCUUUUAAAAAAAACCCAUGCCUAUGAUGACAACAAUAGCUAAGCCCCUAGUAGGCCAGGUCAAUGUGAGCAAUACUAACACAAACCAUUCUUCCAUUAUGACACAUUGAUUGUAAUCUUUGUACCCUCCGCAAACCCCACAACAUGACGGAAGUUUCAGGAACCUUCUAACCUGACAACGGCUAUCCUGUACUGAGGGAAAACCACUGAGUAUUUUCUUUCUGCUUUUUCCUCAGAGAUGUGUGAAUUUUAUGCUGGUAUAACGUGAAGAAUUAAUCAGCCUGUGGUUUGGUGACUUGGUUGUCCCAAAUUGUGCAAUAUGUAUUUACAGGUUGUACAAAAUUAAUUUCUGGUUUCUCAAGGUUUUUUUUUUCCAGCCUCUUCCAGUCCCUAAAUAAUAACAAUACAAUCCGGACUUCCAGAAUAAAAACAUAAAAUCCAAAAAUUAACUUGUCUAAUUGGGUGGUCAACUGCCCAUUCGCCACCGUACUUCCUGCCUAGAAAACUUACUACGAGCUUAAUCAGUGCCAGAACUCCAGGGCUUUGCCAUUCCACGAGCAUUUUUAUACGAUUGUGUGAUAUUUUGAGAACUUUGGAUUUAUCCAAAAUGCCAGCUGAAAAGCAUGAGCACUCUCUAACUUAAAAACAAGGCAAAGUACAAAAUGGUGCCAAUGAAAUGUGAUUGAGUGAGUGAUCGAAACACCAGUAGUGUUGACAGUUCCUGCUCAGUGACCUAGUUGUGCCAGGGAGAGGGUGAAGCUAAUAGCCUCAGUGGGUGCAGUAGGAUCUUAUUCAAGUCGAGGGAGAAUGGAGUUGGACCAUUGAAUGAUAUUCAUGUCUUCAGUGCACAAACUAAAUCAGGUUUCAUAUUUCGCUUGGGAACUCUGCAGCCCAAUGGUAUCAAUGUGGAUUUCACAAGUGUCAAAAUCUCCCCUCCCCCUGUCACAUCCCAAAACCAGCCAGCUUGUCCACGCCUCCCUGAUCUGUCCUUCCUGCCACCUCAGGCCCCAGUCCCAUCUCCUAUCUACUAGCCUCAUCCUGCUCCCUUGACCUGUCAGUCAUCCCUAGACUGACCUAUCUCCUCCCUAACUCCCCCUCUACACUCACCUUUACUGGCUCCAACACUGCCUCUUUGACUUGUCUGUCUCUUCUCCAUCUAUUUUCUCCUCUAUCCUUCUUCUUUCUGCCUCCCCCUCUCUCCCUAUUUAUUUCAGAAUCCUCUUCCCCACCCCUCUUUCUGAAGAAGGGUCUAGGCCCGAAACGUCAGCUUUCCUGCUCCUCUGAUGCUGCUUGGCCUGCCGUGUUCAUCCAGCUCUACACCUCAUUAUCUAACAUUGAGAAGUAUUAGCUUUUUUGUUUUUGAUAGCAGGCAUGAAGGAUUUGUCACCCAUGCAGCCAUAAACAGCUCAAUCUUGACCACGUGCAAUGCCAUCCAGUCAGGAGCCUGUUUUACAUCUUUCCCUUUUGUCAUUUCCAUUAACUAUCAACAGUUCUGAAAUGGGCUGCCAGUUCUUGCAACUGCCCAUUACACACACAUAUACAAAGUGAAGAUCCAACCUCAUAGAAAGUGUAUAACAAGUCUCUUGGUUAUAGUAUGGUUGUGCUAUCUUCACCUUUUUGAUCACAUUUUCUUCCACACCGUUCCCUACUCCUUCUGUUGCACCUUCUUGCAUUCCAUUAUCAUGUGCCCCUUAAGGACUCACUGUGCCGCAUCACAGUAGACAGUUCAGGGCUCAAGUUGUCUCUCGCAGAUAUCAGUCAACUGAGCAUGUGAGGAAAUGGGCAGAGAAUAAAUGUCUCAGUCUUGCAGGUUAAUGGCAAGGGGCUUAAUGCUCUCAGAACCAUUCGUUAUCAUUUCAAUCCGCAAUAAACUAAAUCUAACCCUGUAUCCUGGCCAGUAGUCAGAUGAAGUAGUCAUAUAAUCCCUACAGUGCACAUAGAGGCCAUUUGGUCCAUCAAAGCAUUACCGACCCUCCAAAGAGCAUCCCAUCCUAUGCCCGUAAUCCCACCUUUGCCAUAGUUAACCCACCAAUCCCUGCACAAGAAACUCUGAUUAUACAGGGAAACCUGCUUAGCCAAGUGAAAUAACACCACGCAGAAGGCCAUCUAAUAAAUCUUCCUGUUCCAGCUCUUUGAAAAAGCUGUUGAAUUCUCCUAUUUUCCCUUAGCCCUGAAACUAUUUCCUAAUCAAUAUCCAAUUUCUGUAUCCAAUUCCUUUUUGUGGAAUCCAGGUAUUUGUGGCAUUCCAAACCCUGGUCACUGCUGACUCUAAGGUGUGUUAAAUAGAGGUCAUGUUCACACCAGCAUGUCUGCAAACAGAGUUGCGGAUCAGAAUUGUCAGCAUCUAGAAGCCAUGCUCUCAGGCUCCUGGUGAGGAAGAGUGGGGAGAUAACUGAUUGCAAGUUUACCCUUGAUCCUUGUCUCCAUGAGAAACCAAAACUUAAUUUGACCUGAGCUGUUCCUCGAGUUGAAGGGACAGUGGUUAACCUGUAGGGGGAAAGUACUUUCAACAUAAAGGAAAUCCAAAAUCUGGUUUGUACGUGUGUGCCCAUGGCAAACAUCUGCUCAUCGGGAUCCAGUAAAAGCAAAACAUUGGCCGUGUUCACCCCUUGUGGCAGGUGCUGUCUCUGAAGGUGGAGCUGGCCAUGCUAAAAUAUCACUGAGUCGUACCCGACUCAACAGUCACUUAUGGUCUCUCUCCACAGGUACUGCCAGACCUGCUGAAUUCCUCCACCUACUUACUGUUCUUGUUUCAGAUUUCCAACCUUCGCAGUAUUUUGGUUUUCUUCUAAAACACCACUGCCUUGUCACACUGACAAGAAGGGGAUAAAACCUCCAAUAUAGGCAAGCCACAAACCAAAUAAAGAGAAUGGGCAGUACAUUAUGUUGGAAGUACAGCUCCAUAUCUAGCUUCUUUUAAAGCAGUGGCUAACUAUUGAAGAUUAGCAACGGACCUUUGUGUCUUUGUUACUUUCAAUGCAGUGCUUCUUUGAAUCGGGUAUUGUAUUUUUUUCUCUCUCUCUGUUGUAUAUGUAAAUAAAUAUUUGUAAAAAUUUGAA